AUGACACUCUCCACAACAACAACAAAGAUGGCUUCCUUUAAAGAAAAAACAUCUCCUACAUCUCUUCGCACCUUUCCACUCGAGCUCCGUCAUAUGAUUUAUCGUCUCUUAUUUCAAGGUACAUGGGAAGAAACCGAUAGUCGACGAACGGCUCGACGAUUCCUAGCCGCAUUACGCGCAGAUGUGGGACUUUAUAAAGAAGCUCUAACUAUUUUUUAUAACACCAAUACCUUUUCCUUGAGUUAUAAAAAUCACUGGCUGGGGAAAUAUUUUGUUCAGAGUGAUGGGGUCAGAUUUAUGGAUGUGAGAGUUGUGUCGUUGGCAUCGACGUUUCGGAGAAUACACGUUGAAGUUCCGCUCUCUACUUCGACUUCGGGUCCUAUUAAUGGUCUUCCCUCCACCUCCCCAACCUUCGACCGCACAGCCCGAAUCAUCCGCAUGGCGCAAAACCUCACAUAUCUCCACGUCGAACCCACCGUCAACAGCGGCUGUCGCACCCAAUGGCUCGCUCUCGUAUGCGAUCUCAUCGGUCCUACCGAUUCUUGUCCUGCUCUCCUAACCCUAAAAUUCACAUGGGCAGCUUAUAUGCUUGAAAAAUACAGCUAUACCGUCGAAUGGACAAUCCAUCAAUUCGAUACCGUCUUCGGCACGUCUGGAUAUCUCGAAUCCCCCUCAACCGGCCACAAAGCAUCCUGGAUAUGGCAACACCAUGGCAAAGACGCCGGCCGCGUCCUAAAAUGGGGCAACCACGGAAAAAGCCUCGCGAGAAUCGAAAUCAGUCUCACCGAAGUCGCAGCCAUGCGCCAACGCGAUCUCAUGUCCCACGACGCGGGCAGGAUCUGGCAAUUUCGACACGGUCGCUCCUUUGUGUAUGGUGUGCGUCCGAAAUGCUGCAUUUUGAUCUUCGCAAUGCCGCUUCCGGGAACAGGGGCGUAUGACCCGCCGUCGGAGGGUUUUCAACAUAGCAGUGGAGAGAUUUUCAGACAGGGGAGUGGAGCUGAGUUACCUAUCUUGUUGGAUGAGACAGAUAUCGAUGAGGAUCGGGGGAUGUGGAGACCGGUUUCGAUGGAAAGUUUGCUGGCGAUGAAGAAACGCUGUGAGGAGGACCAGGAAAGAGGUUCACUUAUCCAUCACCAGUCGAGGGAAGAAAGUCAUCUCACGAAAUGGCUUUACGAUCAAGGUUUCGAAUGUCCCGUCGAUACUGUAGCGAAGUUGAACACGACUCUCAAAUGGGCCCAAAAGCAAGAAAUGUAUGGAAAUCCCUCUCAGCGCGGUUCAGAGGGCAAUUUGCAGUAUAUCUCAAAGCCCGAAGGUGUAGAUAUCGAUUCGGACUUCCUCGCCACCUUCGCAGAUGGACUUGCAAUUUCGCGUCCGGAAGGAGAAGAGUUCCAUCCUACGAUUAAGAGGCGCGUACCCGGUGUUAAAUACGAUAGACGGAAUGGGAAUAAAUAUCAUUCUGCGCUUCCGAGUAAUUGGGACUGUGCGGAUAGCGAUGAGGGAAUGGAGAAGGGGGAGGAGGUGUUUCUCGAGGAGAGUGAGAGGAAUGAUCGAUUGGCGAGGGAUAGAGUGUAUGCGGAGAGUGGGGGAAGUGGGGAGACGGUUGUGCUGGAGGAUUUGGUAUUUGAACCUGGAAAGGGGAGAUGGGAGAUUAUUCGUUGA